AUGAGCACCGCAGCCGGGAACUACAAGCUCGAGGACUUUGAGAAUUAUUACCAUGUAAUCAACAACGAGCUCUCGACCACGGCAGAAAAGCGCCGCGGCAUUAAUCCCAACACAAAGGAGCCGCUGCCCGCCGUGCCCGUCUCUUCGCCGGAGGACGUCAACCGCGCCGUCGCCGCCGCCCGCGCCGCGUUUCCGGCCUGGAGCGCCCUGUCCCAAGACGAACGCGCCGAAUACCUCGUCAAGUUCGCCGACGCAAUCCAGGCGAACCGGGAGGCAUUCACCAAACUGCUUGGCGAAGAGGCCGGCAAGCCGCAACAGGCCGCAUCCUUGGAGCUGAUAUCCACCGAUAUAGCGAUUCGCGGCGCCGCCAAGCUCCGGCUGACCGAGGAGAAGAUUGAGGAGACGGAUGAGAAAGCCAUUACGGCCCGUUAUGUUCCAUUGGGAGUGGGUGUCGGCAUCACGCCAUGGAACUACCCCAUCGCGAUUGGCGCCCUCAAGUUCUCGUCGGCGCUGCUUGCGGGCAACACGUUCGUCUGGAAGCCGUCCCCGUAUACGCCCUACUCCGCCCUCAAGGUGGGUGAGCUCGCAGCCAGGGUGUUUCCCAAGGGUGUAUUCAACGUCCUGAGCGACGACGGGUCGCUGGGCCCCCUGCUCACCGCCCACCCGGACGUGAACAAGGUCAGCUUCACCGGGUCCGUGGCAACGGGCAAGAAGGUGAUGCAGGCAUGCGCUGGCACGGUGAAGCGUCUCACGCUCGAACUCGGCGGCAAUGAUGCAGCGAUCAUCUACCCGGACGUCGACAUUGCAGCUGUGGUUCCUCAGAUUGCCUUGUGGGCAUUCGUUAACACCGGCCAAGCGUGCGUGGCCGCCAAGCGGAUCUACGUGCACGAGGACAUAUACGACGCCUUCCUGGCCGCCCUGUCCGGCCAUGUGCAGACAGCGCUGAAGAUGGGGAAGAGCGAUGACCCGACUAGCGUCCUAGGCCCCAUCCAAAACAGCAUGCAGUAUGCCAAGCUGCAGGAUACGUACUCACAGAUCGCCAAACAAGGCUGGAAAGCCGUCCCGCCCCCGGACUUGUCCGCGGCCGCCCCCGGCGCCGGGUAUUUCAUUCCCCCAACUCUCAUCGACAACCCGCCCGACGACUCGCGCAUCGUCACCGAGGAGCAGUUUGGCCCCAUCACCCCGCUCCUCAAGUGGUUUGAUGAGGACGAUGUGGUGAGGCGCGCCAACGCGACGCCGUACGGCCUCGGCGGCUCGGUCUGGAGCGCCGACACGGCCAGGGCAGAGCGCACGGCGCGCCGGCUGGAGGCGGGCAACGUCUGGGUCAACACGCACUUGCUGAUGGACCCGCGGCUUGGGUUUGGCGGGCACAAGCAGAGCGGCAUUGGCAUUGAGGCUGGGAUGGAGGGUCUCAAGGGGUGGUGUAAUGCCCAGGUUGUUUGGGUGCAGAAGUGA